AUGCAAAUCAAAUCCACUUUGUUACAAGCCGCUUUAUUAAGCUCUACUGUUUUAGCAGCCUCUAAAAAAUCUAGCUCUUCUAGUAGCAAGACCACCACUACUAAAACCAGUUCUUCUACCAGUAAGACUACCACUACCAAGGCCAGUUCUGCUAGUGUCCCAUCCUCUUGUAGUGUUUCUGCUACUGCUACUGCUCAAACUGAUUUGGACCAAUAUGCCAGCUGUAAAACUUUAGUCGGUGACUUAACUAUCUCUGGUGACUUAGGUGGUGCUUCCUUAGCUAAUGUUGAAACAAUUGACGGUUCUUUCACCAUCAAAAACGCCACCGGUUUGACUACUUUUUCUGCUGAUUUGAAAACCGUUACUGGUACUUUAACUUUAGAAGGUCUAACCAUUUUAACACAAGCCACUUUUGGCCAAUUAGAAUCUGUAGACACCAUCGAAUUAGUCACUUUACCAGCUAUUGAAGCUUUCGAGGCCGGCUUAUUAACCUCUGUCGACACCGUCCUUAUUUCCGACACUUCAUUAACUUCUCUUGACAGUUUCACUGGUUUAACCUCCGUUGGUUCUAUCGAUAUUAACAACAACAAAUACUUAGUUUCAUUUGAUUCUUCCUUAGAAACUGUCUCUGACGCUUUGACCUAUUCUUUCAACGGUGCUUCCUCCGUUGUUUCCUUAGACGAUUUGAUCUGGGCUAACAACGUUACUUUAAGUGCUGUCGAUAGUGCCAGUUUCUCUAAUUUACAAUACAUCAACUCUUCUUUCGAAUGUAUCAACAACACUUUCGCUAAUCUAACUGCUAGUGGCCUAAAAACCGUUGGUAAAACUUUCUCCAUUCAAUAUAACGAUGGCCUAACCUCUUUGUCCUUUAAUAACUUAACCAAAGUUGGUGGUGGUUUCGUCAUUGCUAACAACACUGAUUUAAAAAUCAUUGAUGGUUUCGAAAGCUUGACUGAAGUCGAUGGUGCAAUGGAAAUUAUCGGUAGCUUCAGUGAAUUGGAUUUAUCAUCCUUAAAUUUGGUCAAAGGUGCUGCUGACAUCGAAACUACUGCAUCUAACUAUUCCUGUAGUGCUAUGAACAAAUUACACAGUAAAGGUAACAUCCAAGGUGACGAAUAUACCUGUACGGCAGCUACUUCUACCUCCUCUAAGGCUUCUAGUGCUACUAAGAAGGCUGCUUCUACCUCUGGAUCUGCCACUGCUACCUCCGGUUCAACUUCUUCCUCCUCUAAGUCAUCUGGUGCUGCUGCUGGUAACUUUGCUCCAUCUUCCUUCAUGGGCGCCUUUCCUGCUGUUGCCGCUUUACUAUUGUAA